AGUUUUGACAGUUCGGAAAUAAAGGAAAAAUAAUUUGCAGUGUGUUAAUCUCUCGUCACAACGAAAUUCAUUCAGGUGCUUAGAACAAUCGAUCUCUGAAAUAUUUACAUAAUUUAAGUGAUUCGGUACGACACGAUUUGAAUCGAAAUGGAGAUCGACGAUAUCCCACGGCUGCCUGUUAACACAGAGACCCACAAAUUUAACGAUUGGAUUAUUGUUUAUCACAAGUCCCACAUAUUGAAAAGUAUGUGCCCAAAUAAUCAUAAGUGUAUCAAAGAUGAUGAUUCUGGCAACUGUUGCGAACUGUGCUUCUAUGAACAUACAUUGGAAUUGCCACACUUACCGGAGAUGGUGUUUUCUAAGAACAAACUCACAUUAACUCAUAAAAAUGGUGCCAAAAUCGAAUUUAAUCCGUUGGAUGCAUUGGCGAGAGUGGCAAAUCGAGGUAAAUCAACGAUUCGUGUGGCUUGUGCCGAAGAAUGGAAAAGUAGCCGCGGCGAAUCGGCCAAUCUGCAAGAAGUCAAACCAUUCGAUUGGAGCUUCACAACCGACUACGAGGGUACAUUCAAUGAAAAAAUUCGAUGCGAAGACACUGACGCCAAACUUGAUAUUUUCAAAUUGAUGCGAAAGGAACACAUUCUCUUCUAUCACGAUCUCAGCUUGUUUGAGGAUGAACUACACGACCAUGGCAUCGCUUCAUGCUCCGUUAAAAUUCGUGUGAUGCCAUCCGGAUUUUUCAUAUUGCUGUCAUACUUUCUGCGAGUUGACGGUGUACUGAUUCGAAUGAACGGCACCAGAUUUCAUUAUGAAACGGGAAACGACUACAUUCUGAAGGAGUACACAUCAAGAGAAGCCAAAUUUGAAACCAUCAAACAUAUCCCACCAGCGGUCUAUACAACACCAAGUGAAAUCGAAAAACAUUUAUCAAUCACUCUUAAGAAAACGCAAAAGAUGUUCUUCGAUUAGAUCGAUUCAAGUUGAAUUGUAUUCCAUUAUCAUUAUUGAAACAAGCUGGAUUUUUAAAUGAAUUAAAGCUCAUAACAUUUAGAUGGAGUA